AUGGCGCGUGUUCCCCUGAUUGGGAGACUCUUUUGGACCGAAUACUUGGCGCUUCUUGCGUCUUUGGUACUUGUUCUACUUGAAACCAUCAUUCAUCUGAUUACUUUCUGCCUUCCAACGCCGAUCAUCCGUUUCUGCUACGAACAAUCGAAGUCAAUCUUCAACAAAUUUAUCUCCGCCGAGCCGCGCGAAAAACGAACAAAGGAGGAGAUUCUUGCGGCCUCGAUCGCAGAGGCAUCGGAUUUCACCGAGAUAUGCUCGCUAUUCGGGUACGAAGCUGAGGAGCAUAUCGUCCAGACUGGAGAUGGAUAUCUUCUUGGACUACACCGGUUGGCAUAUCGGAGAGGUGAAGAGAGCAUACGAGUCAAUCAAGGUGCCGGCGGACUCAGCAAGAAAGUUGUCUACCUUCACCAUGGCCUCCUCAUGUGCAGUGAGGUGUGGGUUGCCCUGACCGACGAGCAGCGGUGUCUGCCAUUCCAGCUGGUUGAGAAGGGCUAUGAUGUGUGGCUUGGGAACAACCGCGGCAACAAAUAUGCAAAGAAAUGUGUGCGAUUCUCGCCCGGCUCGAACGAGUUCUGGGAUUUUUCGAUCGAUCAAUUCGCCUUCCACGAUAUCCCUGACAGCAUCGAGUAUAUCCUUGGAGUGACCGGCCAACCGUCGUUGUCUUAUGUCGGUUUUUCGCAAGGCACAGCACAGGCCUUUGCAACACUGUCCAUCCACCCACUGCUGAACCAAAAGGUUGAUGUCUUCGUGGCACUCGCACCUGCUAUGGCUCCUUCGGGGCUACGAAACCGCAUUGUCGAUUCUUUGAUGAAGGCGUCACCCGAUUUCUUGUUCCUGCUAUUCGGUCGGCGCAGUAUAUUAUCCUCAACAACCAUGUGGCAAACAAUCCUGUACCCACCCAUCUACGUCCGCAUUAUCGAUAUGGCACUAUCUGCCCUUUUCAACUGGAAGUGCCGCAACAUCACCCGAACACAGAAACUGGCCGCCUAUCUCCACCUGUACUCUUUUACCAGCACCAAGUCGGUCGUACAUUGGUUCCAGAUCAUCCGCAACAAGAACUUCCAAUUCUUCGACGACGAAACUCACGCCCCCUUCAGCGUAGUCGCAAGUGAGCGUUUUUACAAGCCCGUCAAAUACCCGACCCGCAACAUCAAGACGCCAAUCGUGCUCUUGUAUGGUGGGAGUGACAGUCUUGUCGAUAUCAACGUCAUGCUUCAAGGCUUGCCUCGUGGUACAGUCGCCAAGGCAAUCCCUACAUAUGAGCACCUCGACUUUUUGUGGGCUUCGGAUGUUGACCGUCAGGUGUUUGGUCAUGUCUUCGAUGCGCUCGAGACGUAUAGUCGAAGUGCGGUUGACCCCACCGAGCCAGCGCUGCUUGAGGCACGUCAGGACGGGCGAAUACUCGUUGAUGGACGUGUUUCUAAUACUUCGGCGCCGCGAAUCCGCUCUAAGGAGACGUUGCUUAAUGGUGCUUCGUAA